AUGAGAUUCACACCGCCGCCCGGAUCCACCGCGGAGUUGCAUAAUAGACUCCAAACCGAGCCGCACUGGGGAUACACCAUCUACCGCACCACCUUCUCCGCGCAGGCGGACGCCGCAUUCCCCACCAUCCUCCGCUACCUCGACGCCUGCAUCAAGAAGUCGCUCUUUUCCGAGUGCGCCUCCUACAGCGAGAGCGAGAAGUCUCCCGGGGUAGACCCCGCCAUCUACCAGGGCACUUGGGCCAAAUACCAGCCCACCGUCAUUGAAGAUGCGGGAGCGUCUAUGGAGUCAGUCCGGGAUCACUUCGAGGCCUCUGUAGAAGGACAGGGCCGACGCGACCUCUUCAAUUCGGAUCGAAUGUGCAUUGUCAUCGACGAGGAGUCCCUGCUCACGCUGCUGGAUGCAUCAGUGGAGGCCCUGGAGGCGGAGGGACCCCAGCACGUCCACGAAACAACGCGGUUUGUGAAGGUGCUCGAGGCGUGGCCAAUAUUAGACCAGUAUGACAGUUUCCCGGGGUGGAUGAAAUGUUCGCCCCGGGCACUGUGGGAUCUCUGGAAGAUGAUGGGCGAUGGGGACGAGAUGAGGAAUUCGUGGGAGGAUAUGGAUGAGAUGGACGAGGGGGUGUAUUGUGGGCCGUGA